CCCAAAAAGUAUUCAUCAACUCGGUCAAUAAUGCCUCGAUUCGCCUCCUCCAUCGGUCAAGUCCACAGCUCUAAAACGAAAGUUCUUCAAUAGGAAUUUCAAUCUGGGCAUCCGAUUAAAUCACAGAAAAGAAACAAAGACAAAGAAGAAGUGGUCGUGGAAAUUAGAAGCGUCAUUCAAAUUGUUGGGGCUGCUGGCUGCAACUUAAAGCAGCCAUGGAGUUGACCCACCAUUCCUUUCAAUAAGAGAAACGCCUGCCCGGAACAAAGGCGGCCUAAUCCUUCUUCCAAGGAUCUCCAGAACAACGCCGGCCGGGCAAGCAAGCCCGGACGGGAAGCCAAACGGAAGCAAUUCCAUUACGUGAACCCGACCCUGAAGUUUUCUCUCCCUGAGUUCUCUUGACUUUUAAUUCCCCUCCCCCCGACUCAGCCUCCAUGCCUUCGUUUUCCCUUCGCCUUCUAAUGGAGCACAAGCUACCCAUCUCCAGAAACAAGGCACUCUACGCAACCGUGGCGUUCCUCGGCCUCCUCUCCUUCACCACAUGCGUUGCUGCAGAGUUCAAGAAGAACCAGUUGAAGGACCUGAAAUUGGACGCGAAAUUCUGUUCUCUGCCGAAGAGUCCGGCGUUUGAGUUGGGGAUCACGGCGGCGGCCUGCCUCCUCUGUGCUCAGGUGAUCACAUACGCCUCCAUCGCGAAAGCCUAUUUCUCCAAGGACACAAAAGCUCAGUUCGGCGAGAGGAUGACGACCGUCCUCAUCACGCUCUCCCUUCUGUCCUGGGGGGUUGGGGGACUGGCGAUCGUGUUGCUGGGGGUGGGGUCGAGCAUGAACCAGAGGCAACCAUAUGGCGAAGGAUGGCUGGACGGCGAGUGCUACGUGGUGAGGAGGGGAGUGUACUCCGGUGCAUCUCUGCUCGCCAUCGUCACCGUCGCCUCCGCAUUGACUGUUCACUGUGCAAUCAACAGGAGGCACGAAGGUGCGGUAAUGGCGGACGCGAGGCUGCCAACAACCAAGAAGAAAGCACCAAGUUAAAGAAACAAAGUAUAGUAAAAAUGACAGAAAAGAUGCCACGAAACAAAGGGAAACUGUAUAAUAAAUAAUGAAAGGGAAGGGGCGCAUAUGGGGAGAUUGGCUGGGGAGCGUCAUGGAGAGUAGGAGAUGACCUGUUUGUUGGAAACCAACAAAUGGGUCGACCAAAUCAUUUUUUUUUUUUAUUUAUGUAAGAAGUCGUUUAAGAUAAAGAUGUACCUAUUUUUUCCUUCUUUCUUUUCCCCCACUUUUUUUUUGCAGCUUUGAUUGUACAUGUUUCAAUUGUUAAAAGGAAUGAUAAAGCCAAUUGCUCAA